AUGCCACCUCAGCCUUUGUCAAAGUUCAUGGAUGAUGCUGAAGGCCUUGGUAGUGCAUGUAAGGAUCUCAAUGAGAGAGGUUGCAGGGGUGAAAAUGAAUAUCCCACCACUAGUAUUGAGAGUGAUAGCAAAGCUAUUAAAUGUGAGCUUAGCCCCUACACCGGUUGUACUUCAGAGGAAUUGGAAAGCCACUUGGCAAAGCACAAAGAAGCAUACCCAUUUCAUUGUCAUAUCUGUGGAAGAAGAUACAAGAAGGACAGGUUUUUGAAGAACCAUGCAAUAACACAUGAUGGAACAUCGAAGGGCAGGAAACGGAAUAGGAAAUCAAAGGACAUUAAGACGGAUCAGACAAGCCUUGAUGAACCUGUUACAAUAAAUGGUGUCGUUCAAGAACAAUCAGACAAACCCCUUACCAGUACUUUUAAAAAGUGCAUGUUUUGUGGCCUGUUUUGUAUCAAAGAUAUCCUCGGAGAGCAUUGUAAAAUACAUAUUGCGAAAUCUGAUGCUACUGAAAACCAUUCAACUGGACCAACACCUGAAAUUAAUCCCACUACUCCACCUUCCACCUCCUCUGCAAAUGGGUCAAACCAACAGAUUCCAGAGACAAAUAAUGUUCCUUUUUCAUCUGAUGACAAUAAGUUGGAUAAAGAAGAAUGUGAAAAGGUUCGCUUCAUGGGUUUUCUAAACCUAAAGCCCAAAUCUUCUUCUCCAAAGAGACCAAAGCAAUCCGUAAUGUGGGUCACAGCACUGGAUCCAGUGGUCAGUUGUCAAGCUUGGCAAUUGGACACCACAGGGAAAUUGGAUGACCAUGCCAAAGGGAGUAAAGGAAGACAGGGUGGUAAAACGGGUGGAUCUGUGAUUCCUGACAGAGAUGAUGCGAUCAAAAAGGUUAAUUUGCUAAACGGAAAUCAUGAAAGUUCAUCCAUGUGCAGUGAAAGUCCAUCUGUUUCUUCUGAUACCGCAACCAUUGUGGAAAAUGAACAAAUCCAACAAAUGCUAAAUCAUGGUGUUUCAGUGGAAAUGUCAGAAGAUACACGUAGUGAACCUAUGCAGACAGGUAAGAUAUUAAUCUACUACAAUCCUCACAAUUUUUUGAAUUUUAUAAGUUCUCUAUGAAACAGUUAAGUAAAUGUUCAGUGUGCAUAAUUAUUGGAUAUUAAAAAAUGUUUUAUUGCAAUAGCUCCCUCUGUUGGCAGAUUAUUUACAUUACUGAAGAUUAUACAUAAACGUUUAUUCUGCUUCAAGAAUCUAGAUACGUGUGAUGGCGCUGCUUAUUAAACUCAGUAAAUGAAUUGCUUUAUGUGUCACAUCCAGUGAUUCCUCAUUAUAAAAUGAAUUGACACUUUGUUAUUUAACUCCCCAAACCUUAAAAAAACAAACUGUGACUUCACUUCUUCGAACAAGUGGCAUUACUCUAGUUGGUGGGAGACAAGUUUGGUUAUGAAAGUAUUUUAACACACUGCUUUAGGAUGAUAUUGUAUAUGUUUAAUUUCUUUUAUUUCUGUAAAAGGAAAAUGCUUUGUGAGAAUAAGUAAGUGUAUGUUUAAAUAAUUACUAAUGAUAAAAGAGUGCUCUAGGAAACCAAAAUUAAUCUGGAAUUUUCUGUUUAUGUCUUUUUCAUAUCCUUUAAGAAAAAGCAGAGGAAGAUCAAAACAAGAAGAAGGAAAGCAAAUCUCCAAUUUGUAACGAUUGUGGAAAAAGUUUUGCUUCAAAAAGUUACCUUAGGAUCCAUCUCCGUUCACACACUGGUAAGCUUGAUAAGAUUUAAAAAUUAUUGUUUCAAAAUAUUAAUAUAUCAAAAAUAUAUCAUAUAUCAAAAUAUAUAUAAAAAAAAUAUUGUGUAUGUUAAAAAAUAUUAAUUAAAAAAAUUAGCAAAACUUUUAAAAAUGUAUCCAGAAAUAUUUAAUGAUUUGAAAAACAUAUCCAACAAUAUUAAACUGAGGCCUUAGUUUGGCCCACAUUUUUGAAUUUUUGCAGUUCUACUUCUAGUUCAAAAAUAUCUUGGUCAAUUUUAAAAGGGAGUCAAAAUCUUUAAUUUCUAUAGAACAAACAGUUUUUAGGAAUAUUGAUUGAUAACAUUUGUAUUGAUUAAAAUUGUACUGAAUGACAGUAGAUUACAUUUUAAGAUUUUUUUCCUAACUUAUCUAUAUAUGAAUUAUUAUAUUGCCUUUUGACAGCUUGCUUCUAACAGAUGUUUUUAUCAUUGCAGGUGAAAAACCAUACGAGUGUGAAAUGUGCAAUUAUAAGUCGGCACAAGCCACCUCUUUAAAAUACCAUUUGAGACACCAUCACAACUUUAAGGAAGAAGAUGCCAGAGUUAAAGUGAAGCAGAUGAGUAAAAUAGUUUCUCAAAAAUCUGCCAACUUUUUAUUAAAAGAAUCCAAGCCAGAUAGUGAGGAAGUGAAUACUCCUAAAGAGGAUUGCAAGCCUCCAAUGAAACCAUAUGAAUUUCUUCCUUCCUUGCAAAACACACCUGGAGAUUUAAAUCCAUCUUUAGGAAAUGGGGACACUGUUAGACCAUCAUUCAUCCCUAAUGGUGAUGUUUGUAAAGCACUACCUGGCCAGUCUGGAUCUGAAGAGAUGGAAGUGACUAAUGACCUUGGACUUCAUCAAGGAAGUCAUGCAACCUCUCCUGUAAAUCCUCAGUCAUUGCCAUUAAAUUUGAGUUUAACAACUGCUGAAUAUAACCAAAAAUAUCCUGCUACGCUUGCCUUCUUGAACAUUAAUAAAUGCCAAUAUUGUAACUACCAUACUUUGAACCCAGAAGUUUUGGAAAUGCAUAAUAAGCUUUCUCACAAAAGUAGUCUUGCUCUGGAGAAUGGAACCACGUAUAAAAACACCGGACAUUAUGUUAAAAAGAAAAAGAGGCGUACGGGAUGCCCUGCUGCAUUAAAUGGAUUUGACAUUUUACCCUUACAACAGGAUGGUCUUACAGCUAAUGUUCCAACAUCACAGCCCAAUCCUCUGCUCAAUCAGGCUAAACGGACACCUGCUUUACCCUCAGUAUCAUAUCUGAGAAAUAUAGAUCAAGAGAAUUAUGUUUUGCACAACAUUCAACACAAUGGACUUCUUGUGAAGACAAUGCAAUAUCCUGAAAAUAACCGAACAACUUGGAAUGGAUCAAAAAAUCCCACCAAUGGAAAUACUGUGUAUAAAUCUCAAAAUACAUGCUCUGAUGACAAAUCAUUUACUAAGCCCAUGGACUCUAACCUAGAGCCUUCUGCGGAGAAGGCUAGGAGCAGUAUGACAAAUGACUUGACAAAUUUUGAAGUGGCCAAACAUUUACUCAAUUCUGGUGUAUCUGGUAUUCCUGCUCAGGAGAUGGUUCCUGCAGAACAUUCAGCCUUGACGUUGCCUAGCAAAGGUCUUCAAUCAGCACUGUUACAUGGUCCAGGUGAUCAGUCAUCUGAUUCAGGAUCUAUCUCUCCUACUGAAGGUAAUCACCAUUUUGUUGAUCUAUAAUUGGGGAGCACUGACAUGCUUCCUUUAAUUGUGUUACACAUAUUCCCAUGAUGAUACAAACUAAGGAAUUGUACCCACACCCAAAGAUCCCCUGAACUAUAGUUAACCCGAACUAUAUAUAUUUUUGCCUUGUAGCAAUGAAAUCUGGCUAUGGUUUCCUUUUUAAAAUAGCAGGGUCCAUUUGGCUAAGCUAAGUAGAUAAUGAAAACAUUUAGGCAAUUUUUCCAUUAUAAUGCUAAAAUUAACAAAUUUGGCAGUUUAUUUAACAUUCCCCUAAACUGUUUCCUACUACUGUCCUGCAAUUAUCAUUUGUGCCGUUUGUGUGUGAUAGACUGUUUACAUGCUAUUGUUAUAUAUUGAGAUUUAUGCUUUCAUGUUUUAUUUUUUAUGUCCUUUCUUUUGUUCAAUUUUUAUUUAACAGUGUUUUUUUUUUGUCCCCCCCAUUUGAUUACCCGUAGAAAUUAGAUGCUCUUCCCGUCUUCGAGCAAAACGAAAUUCUGCACUCAAGGAUAAACGGUUUUCAGAAUACAUCUGUUCUUAAAAGAGGUACGCUAAAGACACACGUUAUUCAUACUGAUUUUCAAAUUGCGUUAUACUAUGAAUUUGAACUAAAUGAACGGCAAGAACAUUUAACCACAAAAAAAACUCUUUAACUGUCAAAAUAAAGGCAUUUUUGUCUAAAUGGAGAAUAUUGCCCUCCCUAAUACAUGUAAAUCAAUCUAUAUUUUUUUCUUUACCUGUGAAUUUUAAAGCUGAUAGUGAUGUUUAAUAUGACUUUAUUUGCAAUUCUAACCUAAUUUUCCCACUUUUUUUAUAGACGUGUUUAAUUGGAUUUUUGAUCAUAAGCUGGAAGUCGUCAUUGGAAAUUAUAUACCUGGAACCUUCAGGAACAUUGUGAACAUGUUUGUUCAUUAUAAAUAA